CGCGCCCCGCACCUGGCUCUCCAUAAACCUCCGGUUCUUGUUGCCAUAGACAUUCACCUCAUUCGCCCGGUGUUACGUAAACGACAAACAGGGAGAACGGUAAAGUUGCUCAAGGGUGCGACUUGGACGCGGUGUCUGAUGUAGACUCGGUUCUGAGUUCAUCCUUCUCUCUCCACUCACACCACUGGCCUUCUAUCAUUUCUCGACGGCCGGGAAAGAGGCGCUGGUCGAGGGCAUGGAUGCCGUGUGGAUGCUGGCUGCGCUGCUGGUGCUCCCGCUCCUGUUAUGGACUAGCAGCACAUUCGUUUUCUAUUUCAAAAAGUGCUUCUAUGUGGCAUACAUGAUGCUGCUGGCCGUUAUCGCCAUACCGAUUUGUAUUCUGAAAAGCGGCGGCAGGGACAUUGAGAACAUGAGGGUCAUCCGGUUCAUAGUUCGCCAUGUGAAGUACUUCCUGGGUCUGCGCUAUCAGGUCAGCGGUUGGGAACAUCUACAGACAGACGGACCCUACGUCAUCAUCUCCAACCACCAAUCAUCACUCGACGUGCUAGGCGUGAUGGAGAUCCUGCCGGAUCGCUGCACGAUGAUCGCCAAGAAGGAGCUGAUAUGGGCCGGGACGGUGGGCAUGAUUUGCUGGCUGGGAGGAAUCGUCUUCAUCAACCGCCAAAAGACCAGCGACGCCAAGAACGUCAUGAGUGACGCCGCUAAAACCAUGUUGGCCGACAAGAUCCGAUUGUGGGUGUUUCCAGAAGGCACACGAAAUCAGAACGGCGGGCUUUUGCCCUUUAAAAAGGGAGCAUUUCAUCUGGCCAUUCAAGCACAGGUUCCCAUCAUACCCAUCGUCUUCUCUUCCUACAAUAACUUCUACCUACGAAAAGAGAAAGAGUUCAAAUCAGGGAGCAUCACUCUGAAAAUCCUUCCAAAGAUCGAGACGAAGGGACUGACGGCAGACGAUGUGACGAUGCUCUCCGAGCAAUCCUUUGGCAUCAUGCGUUCAUCCUUCCUGGAGAUCUCCGGUAAAACGGUGCAGAGCAACGGUCCAUCCUCCCAUUGAGCGCCCUUUCAUUUGCUCCGACAAGGAUGGCUUGAGACUACGCCGUUGUCGCGGUGGUGAUGCUAACUAUGACAGCCAGGCGCUUUAGUAUCCUCUCUGACGUCCUCAUGAAGCAGGGACACACAUUCAUUCACCUUGACUACAGUGCGUACAGCAGAUGUUAUCUUAGCCUAGUUUUGAUCUCCCGUUGGACUCCAGGGGGCACUAAACGGUGGAAUGGCGUUUUUUUUCCUGACGCGACGCUUUGUUCCACGUCAUUUUCGAUGUAGGUUUGGAUCGGACUGCUUUUGUCGGCGACAGGUUGAGUCUUGGAGCGACGCCCUGAGAACAACGUGGAUGAGUUUUCAACAUGCAUGCCUUUUAUAUGUUUCUCUUCCUAUCACUGAUCUACAAAGACUGACAUCUGUGUUUGUUUUACUUCUCUGUCUUUUUUUUCGUAUGCAAGAGUGUUUUUCUUUAGACACGCCCCUUUAUUGUUUUAAAUAACUUUAUUGAUUUAUUGACCAAAAAGAUUCAUUUGGAAAUGUGUCGUCACAACCAAGAAUUCGUAAAACUGCUUGUUAAUCGAGUUUCCUCUUUUGUCAUUCAAAGGUUUCGUUCGUAACAAAAAUCUCUGUUGCCAGCGUUACAAAGUGCGGCUUUUUCCUGUGCCAUGUGUCCAAAGUGUCUCAGCCAUUGACUGCGUUUAAUGGUAGGAUAUUGUGGAAAAACACUAUUGAUUAUUGAUCUGUGAUCAGAAUUGUUUGAUUAGCGUUUAGGAUAGAAAUACGUUCCAGUUGGCUUAAGUUUGGUGUUUGCUCAUUUCCUGUUUUGGUUAAUUUUCAGGCUGCAAAAUAAUAUUUUCAUUUCUAGAAAUGUAGCCAACAUUGUUUAAUCCUUUUGUUUAAACUAAAAACCAUUUGCAAGGGAAUUUUUAUUAUAAUAACUAAUCGAAAAAGUAUUAUCUAACACAUUAUAUAGACUAUGGCGUUAUCUAACAGCCAAUUUAACUAAAGUGUGUUUAAGAUCCUUUAUUAUUAAUAGUCAGAUUUUGAAGGAGAACAUCAAAAAUCUAUUUUACAUUUGUUUGCAAAACUUGGAUUUUUCUUUCAAAACCUGCUAAAAAUUAUCCGAAGAAAUUAUUGUAAUGUAAAGUGCUGAGGUUUGUAAUAUUUUUAAGUGGAUGUUGACGAACGUGAUCAUAAAUGGCGCUUAUUUGCACUCUAGAAAUGAGCCAUGUUCGCAGAUUGUCAUUGUCAUGAGCUUUUUUCUGCUCAUAGAUCAGGUAUUAAACUUUAUCCUCAACUUUACAGUUUAACCAAGAAAGUCCAUAUUAGAAAUAAAUAAAUAGAUUUACAUCUGGAUAUGUGAAUAUGACAUUCACAAUUUAAUCUCAAAAUGACAAUUGUUUAACACCAAUUUUUAAACCAGACUCUAUCGACAGCUUAGGGCAGUAAAGUAGGAUAUAUAUAUUUAUUACUUUCUAAUCGCAUUGCAUUGUUGAAUCUUCUAUUUAAUGCUUGAUGUUUCAGUUCUUAUUGUUUGUUAAGAAUGUAUAACAUCUGAUCCUUAAUUGAAUAUGUACAAUAUUAUUUAAGAGGACUGAAUUGUAUGUAUCUCAUUAUAACGGCUCGUUUAGAGCUGAAAGACAUUUUGCUUUGAACGAAUGUUCAGUUUAUGCUAAAUGUCCAAAUUAGGCCGUUAUUUUUAUUAAUUAAUACAAAUAUAAACCCUUUUAUGUUGUGUAGUAGUUCACUGAUUUUAUAAGCCCCUUGUUUUCGAUGUCAUUUUUGCCCUGCUGACUGAAAACCGUGCUGCGUUCACGAAACCGUGUGUACAAGGUGUUGUGGGAUUUUCACCAAAGCUAUUAAGGAUGUACAACAGGUGAAGCUUGUAAACGCUCUGAUUAUAAGAUCCGUUAGACGAACCUGUCAGACAUUUCAUGGGCAGCCUUGUAUACAUGCGUGUAUGAGAGAGUGUGUGUCCAUUGUGUUUGCUGAAUGUGAUUGUAUGGUGACCCGACACAAAUGAGCUAAAGCCCAUUGUAAAAUCUGUAAAGUCAUCUGUACAAUCAAGACGAUGAUUAUAUAUAAAACUAUUGAUUUAGGUAGAAUCUGGAUGUGACCUGUGUUAAGAACAUCUAGGACAAAUAGUAAAUAAAAUCGUUUGUUUUUCCAGUA